CAAAUAAAUACAUAAGUGUAGAGAGAUGUACGUUGCAUAGAUAGUGACAUUAUAUAUAGGUCUUGUUUGGCCUUGGCCGGCCAAUAAACCUCUUCCUCUACUCUCUCUCUAUAAUAUAAGAAAACAAGGGACUAGAAUAUCAAAAGCAGCAUUAUAUAUAUACACACACACAUAAUUCUUCGCAAGGAAGAUGGUGAUAAUGGAUUUGUGGAGAAAUAUGAAUGGAAAAAUGGUAGGGUCAGGAAAAGAAACGAUAAUUCUGGCACAUGGAUAUGGAGGAGACCAGUCAGUUUGGGAUAAAAUAUUGCCGAAACUGUGCGAGGCUUACAAGAUUGUGUUGUUUGACUGGAGCUUUUCUGGUGCUGUAUUAAAAGAUCAUUUUGAUGUUGAAAAGUACUCCUCCCAUGAAGCUUUUGCUGACGACUUGAUAGCUCUUGCCGAUGAAAUGAAGUUGGAAUCCUCUAUAUUUGUUGGUCAUUCCAUGUCUGGCAUCAUUGGUUGCAUUGCUUCUAUCAAAAGACCCACUCUCUUCAAAAGGCUCAUCCUUGUUUCAUCUUCUCCCAGGUUCAUUAACUUGGAAGAUUACGAGGGAGGUUUCAACAUACCAGAGAUGGAAGAGAUGUUUCGAAACAUUGAGGAAAACUAUGAAGUUUGGAGUUCAAACUUUGCUCGUAUAGCUGUGGAUCCAAGUGAUCCUCCUUCUGUUGAGAAAUUUGAUAAAUGCUUGAAAAGAAUGGGAGUUGAAGUUGCAUUACCUUUGGCCAAAAGUGUUUUCCUCAGUGAUUAUAGAGGAAUUCUUGACAAGGUUAUUACCCCUUGUACCAUAAUCCAGACCAAGGUUGAUUUUGCUGUUCCAAACUCAGUUCCUAUCUUCAUGCACAACACUAUCAAGGGAGAAUCCACGAUUGAGAUCAUCAACACUCGAGGCCAUUUCCCCCAGCUCACUGCUCAUGAAGAAUUCCUUAAUGUAAUUCACAGAGUCUUAACUUCUUAGAAGAAAAAUAUUAUCUUCCAGUUUUUUUAAAAAAUAAUUAAUUUCUUGUAAUGAAAGAAAAGAUGAAUUAAGGUUAAAAAGAAAAGAACUAUGAUCAGUUACGUUGUGGAAUAAUGCACUAGUAAUCUUGUAUCCAUGACCUUUAUUGGACAAAAGAUGAUACUACCUUGGUCUUUUGUUAGGAUGAUUUGUAUGGUUGUCAUGUCACAGUUUGGGCUAAUAGUGUUUUGAAUGCAUAGUUUGUCAAUUUGGUUGCAAAUGAUUGGCAUUUGUGAGAAGGAUAAAAACUUGUUCUAU